AAAACGCUUUGCAUUCUGAUCUGUUCUCACCAACACGAACGUCACUCCAAAAAACAAUCCAAAUAUUUGCAUUCAACGCUACACCUGUGAAAAAAAACGACACGGAUCUAUGCAGGUGUGUCUCUUUCUUCACAACCGGAAGCGGUGUCCUGUGUACGUGAACACGUCAGUUCGGAUGAACUCAUGAGUGAAGCGGGCCGGGAAGUUACAGCACAGAAACACGCCGCAUUUCUGCUCACGGUGGAUAUUCAUAGUUUCAUCGCAGUCUUUCGGGUUUAUGGAUAAAUGAUCGGCGCGGGAGGACGUUUGUUGAGGUCACAGCGGCUCUUUUAGAGAGUUUUGACCCGGCGAGGCGGCGGCAGCUGCUGGAGGAAAAUGCCUCCGUUUCCAUGGAGUUUGUGGGUUGGUGUGCUGCUGUUUGUUCUGCCGGCGGUGCGGGCAGACGCUGAAGAGUCGUCUCUGUUCUUUGGUUGGCAGGAUGUGUGGAUCUUCCGCUUGUUUCUCAAUGUUUUAGGCUACGCCACCAUCAUCAUCCCUGGAUACUUUCUUAUCAUCUACUUCAAACGGGUCAACUAUCUAGAAACAGGUCGAGGUCUUUGUUUUCCUGUUAUAAAGACGUGUGUGUUCGGGAACGAGUCUAAGGCAGGACUGCUGGACGAUGUAUUGGGGACGUCUAGAAAUGAUGCUGAGUCCACCUCGUCUACUCGACAGGCCGGCAAACUCCUCUUCUGUGCUGCUGGCCUCCAGGUGUCGUACCUGACGUGGGGCGUUCUUCAGGAGAGAGUGAUGACGCGUUCAUACGGUGCCACGGGCGAGGAGGGCAGCGGCGAGCGCUUCAAAGACUCUCAGUUUCUGGUGUUCAUGAACCGCAUCCUUGCGUUGACGGUGGCCGGCUUGUGCUGCGUGGUGUUUAAACAGCCCCGUCACGGCGCACCCAUGUUCAAAUACUCCUUCGCCUCUCUCUCCAACAUCCUCAGCAGCUGGUGUCAGUAUGAAGCGCUGAAGUUCAUCAGCUUUCCCACACAGGUUUUGGCCAAAGCGUCUAAGGUGAUCCCUGUGAUGCUGAUGGGAAAGAUCGUCUCCAGGAAGAGCUACGAGUAUUGGGAAUACCUGACGGCCGCGCUGAUCUCCGUCGGCGUCAGCAUGUUCCUUCUGUCCAGCUCCACCAACAAACAUCCGUCCACUGUCACCACCUUCUCCGGCGUCGUCAUCCUGGCCGGAUACAUCGUCUUCGACAGCUUCACGUCCAACUGGCAGGACAAUCUCUUCAAAUACAAGAUGUCCUCCGUCCAGAUGAUGUUCGGGGUGAAUCUCUUCUCGUGUCUCUUCACGGUCGGCUCUCUCCUGGAGCAGGGAGCAUUCUUCGACUCGCUGGCCUUCAUGGCACGUCACUCCGAGUUUGCCUUUCACGCCGUGCUGCUGUCCGUGUGCUCGGCGUGCGGUCAGCUAUUCAUCUUCUACACCAUCGCGCAGUUCGGCGCAGCCGUCUUCACCAUCAUCAUGACGCUACGGCAGGCCAUCGCCAUCCUUUUGUCCUGCUUUCUCUACGGCCAUGCUGUCACGCAGCUGGGCGCCCUCGGCAUGGCCGUGGUCUUCCUCGCUCUCUUCCUCCGCGUCUACGCGCGCAGUCGGAUGAAGAAGUCGGGCAAACGGCCGCAGCAAACUCCAGUGCAGAAAGUUUAGUCGGACAUGUCGCUGGGAUGAGACGCCACAUUUUCGUGGUUGCUUUUUCUUUCGCUUCGGAACUUUGUGGGUUUGUAUUUUGUAAGGUACAGUAAGGGAGCGCUCUGUGUUUUUAAGGGAUUUCAGCCUGACGUGCACGCGUGUGUGAGAUGUGUUGGUAUGGACUGGAUGUGUGGCAGCGUGUUCACAGACUGUUCGGUCGUCGAUGAGCUCUCUAUAUUUGUAAUUUGGUACUGGAAUAUGUUAAAGCUCUCGCUUUGAGGUUUUCUAUUUAAAAGCGGUUAUUUUUGGGAGAUGGUUGGAUAUGGCGAGGAGUGGGAAGUGAGAUGUCUUAAGUGUCUGAUCCACGUGUGAAGUUAAACCGCAAUAUUUAAGGGUGAAUCACAUGAAAUGCAAAAAUACAAAUGAGUGAAUGAAGCUUGUUUGGGAUUCAUUUCAUGACCUUUUAUUACCUUUUUCUUUGCCACACUUGAUAUAGUGAUGCAAAUCGGUUCUCGUAAUCUUAUCUGUUUUUUUAUAGUUUUGUUGGCUUUUCUUUGCAUCGAUUUUAAGGGGCAGAAAAACGCUAAUUAUGAUGAUAAUAUGUCCAUAAUGCAAACACUUUUAUUUCCUUUGAUCACAGUUUGAUUUUCUUUGCUGAAGAGAUUCACUCGAAUUCAUAAAUGUGUUAGACUGAGUUCACAAACAAGGUCAUAAAAAUAUAUUUACCUGCUUCAUUUUUAUAGCUGAUAGUUUGUGUCGCUGAUAAAUGAACCAACCGUGUCCGAUGAUGAUUUCAGAUGUAACUACAUCUUGUCUAGUUUUACAGGCCGUAACAUCAAUGUCAACUGUGUAUAGAAAAGAUGCGCAGAUAAUCUGUGAUAUCAAACUAGAGUCUGUCAUAAACCGUCAGUGCCUGUUAAUGAAUAAUCUGAAGAAUAGACACACAAGUGGAUUCUUUAUAGAUAAUUGUAGGAUUAUUGUAAGUGAUUGUUAUGGGACAGACGUACAGAAUUGCACUUUAGUCUAGUUUUACAUUUGUCUUCAAAAAUCGGUGUUUGUGUGGUUGAAUCUCACAAAGAAAAGUCCAGUUCAUGAAUCAAAAGAGAACAUAAAUGAAGGCAUUUCUCUGGAUUUUCUCAUUAGCUUCAACACAAUAAAGCUACUCGUCAUUAUUUGCUAUAUUUCAAAAUGUUAUCAUUUAAAAUUGCAAUCAUAACAUAUAUGUAAAUUUAAAGAAGUUUAGACUUUUGAAAAUUUGUGAAACAUGAUUUUAAAAACGGAGGUUUUUCAUUGAGUGUUUGAGGACUUCAGGUGUGUCAGUGAAGAUGGAGGUUGUUUAUCUUUUAUAACACAUGAUAGACAUGUACAUAGUUUUGUUUGAGAGCCACACGCAUGUAUGUUGAUAUUUCUACCGUGAAAAAUCUGUGCAUCAACGGUUUAACAUAAACGUGGAAAGCGCAAACACUCCAUUUUCACAAUGUCUACGUCGUGCCUGUUUAUGUUUCAAAUUUGUUCAAAGAAAUGAUUCGUAUACAUUUGUUCUCAAACUUUAGUUUCUUGAAAUUAUAUGAUAUGAUAUUCAUAAUGGCAGUGUGUGUCAGAAAGUGCAACAAUUGUUUUGCAGUCUCCCACGGUUUUACUAAACUAAAAUACAAAAUACCAAAAUACAAACACGUAACGUUGUGUCAUUUAUAUGCUGUGAUGUAGGUUGAUUGAUUUAGUUCAUCAUAAGGGAAUUCUAUAGAAAAACACUAUAGGCUGUCAUCUUUAACCAAUAAUCAAUAGUUAGGGCUCAAAGAUUUAGAUGGUUUAUUUUUAUAUUGUUUUGCACAUACAAUAAUAAUAGUUGGUAUUGUUGUGAUCAUGGAUUUGUUUUUUGAUGUCAUUGAGCCUGAUGGAUUUUGAUUCUGAAAGCUGUUUGUAUGUUCUGAUCACGACUCACUCACAAGGCAUGUUGGAAAAGACAUGUUGUGUACUUCUUUGAAAUCAACAUGAUUUUGACUGAUAGAGAAACGGUACAGAAGAGAAAGCAAGAAGGAGAUGUUGAUGUCCAGGUCACAUCGAACAGAUAAGACGUGUGUGGUUAUUUAAGUUGUUAUGCAUUACAAAAACACUUAAAAG